GGCGUCGAGGUGUGCUGGCGGCGGGGUGUCGCAGGGCGUGUCACGAGGUGACUUGGGGCGGGCUGAGGGCGGGCGGGAGGGAGCGACGAAGGGCGUGCGGGGCUGUCGCUCCGGGCACCCCUCCCCCGCCGCAGCCGGCGGACCUUUCCCCGGAGAAGAUGGCGGAUCGGGCGGAGAUGUUUUCUCUUUCCACCUUUCACUCGCUGUCGCCGCCAGGCUGCAGGCCUCCACAGGACAUAAGUCUGGAAGAAUUUGAUGAUGAAGAUCUGUCUGAGAUCACCGAUGACUGUGGUCUGGGCCUCAGCUACGACUCGGACCACUGCGAGAAGGACAGCCUUUCCCUGGGGCGUUCGGAGCAGCCGCACCCCAUCUGCUCCUUCCAGGAUGACUUCCAGGAGUUUGAGAUGAUCGAUGACAAUGAAGAGGAGGAGGACGACGAGGAGGAAGAGGAAGAGGAAGAGGAAGAGGAGGAAGCAGAGGGGGAGGUUGAGGGGGGAGGCCCUGGCUCAGCAGUCCGCGCCCGGCAGCCCCUGAUCCCCUCGCCCUCCCUGGAGGAGCCCCACAAGCACCGGCCCACCACGCUCCACCUGACGACGCUGGGAGCCCAGGACUCCCUGAACAACAAUGGAGGGUUUGCUCCAGGGCCUCCAGCCUCCAGGCAGGAAACAGUGCUGUGCCCACCCGCCCAGGAGCCCCUCAGAGAGCCGCCCGCCCCCCUCCCGCCCACGGACAGAAGCCCCUGCGGGGCGCAGUCACCUGUGCAUCCCGGUUGCGACUCCGAAGGCAACCAGCCCGCAAGGCCCCUGGCGCCAGGUGGGGCCUCGCCCUCCUCGGAUCCGGGCAUCGAGGCCGACCUGGGGAGCGGCUCCAGCGGAGGCCGCGGGGGUCGGCGCAGCAGCCAGGAGCUGUCGUCGCCGGGCUCCGACUCUGAGGACGCGGGCGGCGCGCGCCUGGGGCGCAUGAUUUCCUCCAUCUCAGAGACAGAGCUGGAGCGGAGCAGCGACGACGGCGGCAGCAGCAGCGGCCGCUCCUCGCACCUCACCAACUCCAUCGAAGAGGCCUCGUCGCCGGCCUCGGAGCCCGAGCCCGAGCCGCCGUGCGAGCCCCCGCGCCGCCCCGCCUUCCUGCCCGUGGGCCCCGACGACACCAACAGCGAGUACGAGUCAGGGUCCGAGUCUGAGCCGGACCUCAGCGAGGACGCCGACUCGCCCUGGCUGCUCAGCAACCUCGUGAGCCGCAUGAUCUCCGAGGGCUCCUCGCCCAUCCGCUGCCCUGGCCAGUGCCUGUCUCCUGCGCCGCGUCCUGCCGGGGAGUGUGCGUCGCCCGCCGGCGAGGCCCCCGAGGUGGCGGCGGGGCCGGGCGUGGAGCUGGUGGACAUGGAGACGCUGUGUGGGCCGCCGCCCCCCGAGCCCUCCGCCCCUCGGCCCGGCCCCGCGCAGCCCGGGCCCUGCCUCUUCCUCAGCAACCCCACGCGCGACACCAUCACGCCCCUGUGGGCCGCUCCGGGUCGCCCUGCCCGCCCGGGCCGCGCCUGCUCUGCCGCCUGCUCGGAGGAGGACGACGAGGAUGAAGAGGAGGAGGACGAAGCCGAGCCCGAGGGAGCGCCCCUCGGGGGCCGGGGCACGGGCGCCGCGCCGGACGCCUCGCUGGUGUACGAUGCGGUCAAGUACACGCUGGUGGUGGACGAGCACACGCAGCUGGAGCUGGUGAGCCUGCGGCGCUGCGCGCGCCUGGGCGAGGACAGCGGGGACAGCGGUGGCGAGGCCAGCGAGGAAGAGGCGGGAGCCGCACCGCUGGGCCUUGAUCGGGGCCCCGGGGCUGCCUCCCCGGACAGCCCUGACCUCACCUUCUCUAAGAAGUUCCUCAAUGUCUUUGUCAACAGCACCUCCCGAUCUUCCAGCACCGAGUCUUUCGGCCUUUUUUCCUGUCUGGUCAAUGGCGAGGAGAGAGAGCAAACCCAUCGGGCUGUCUUCAGGUUCAUUCCCCGCCAUCCCGACGAGCUUGAGCUGGAUGUGGACGACCCGGUCCUGGUGGAGGCCGAGGAGGACGACUUCUGGUUCCGUGGCUUCAACAUGCGCACGGGGGAGCGUGGCGUCUUCCCCGCCUUCUAUGCCCACGCGGUGCCCGGCCCGGCCAAGGACCUGCUGGGGAGCAAGCGGGGUCCCUGCUGGGUGGAGCGCUUUGACGUGCAGUUCCUGGGCUCCGUGGAGGUGCCCUGUCACCAGGGCAAUGGCAUCCUGUGUGCAGCCAUGCAGAAGAUCGCCACUGCCCGGAAACUGACCGUCCACCUGCGUCCUCCUGCCUCCUGUGACCUUGAGAUUUCUCUUCGGGGGGUCAAGCUGAGUCUAAGUGGAGGACCUGAGUUCCAGCACUGCAGCCAUUUCUUCCAGAUGAAGAACAUCUCGUUCUGCGGCUGCCACCCCCGCAACAGCUGCUAUUUUGGCUUCAUCACCAAACACCCGCUGCUGAGCCGUUUUGCCUGCCACGUUUUCGUCUCCCAGGAGUCGAUGAGGCCCGUGGCCCAGAGUGUGGGCCGCGCCUUCCUGGAGUACUACCAGCGGCACCUGGAGUACGCCUGCCCCACAGAGGACAUCUACCUGGAGUAGCCACCCGCUGCUCUCCCGCUCCGGGAGCGCCUGGGGCUGGGGGCAUCUCAUGCGGCCACCUCGGCUUUGGCAAGGACUGGACUGGGGGCACAUGGGACCUGGCAUCUGGCGAGUCUCCGGGCUGUGCUGGGAACUCUCCUCCUUGCUCCCCAGGGGCUGCUGAAGCGUGGAGCCUGCACCUUCGCUACCCCUGAUCUUUUCUCUCUGUGUUGCCCUGGUCUGCCCUUGGCCUCCCUCUUCUCUCCUCCUGUCUGUCUCUGCUCCUCUGUGCCUGCAAACUCUUGCCCUCUGCUCUUUACUUUGGGGUCAGAAUUGGGAGGGGCGUGUGGAGGGAGCUCCCAGGUGAUCCCCUCUUGCUUUUCCCGUGUGAUUUAUAAAGGAAUUUUAAUUUUUAUAGUGAAUAUCAAGGGGUCAUAUCCCAUCCUCACCAUAGGGACAAAGAGAGGGACCCCCCCCAUAGUGCCCCACGAGGAGCUCAGGGGUAAGCAGGGAGGGGUUCCCCAGUAGGGCCCUGCGGGAGACUAGGAGUCGUGGUCACCCCAAGCCCCAGACGCUGCUAGGAGGAGGGUGCCCCGGCCCAGGCCCCGGCCACACCAGCAUCUGCUAUGCCGCUGCAAACACUCCCCGCAGUCCAGCACCUCAAUAAACUCUCUGCUUGGUGUGA